AGUAGCAUACCGGCUUCCGCUUGUUUGUUGCCCACGUCUCAACUAUAAUAUAACAUUAUUAAUAAUAUUAAUAACGAUGUAUUAAAUAUCGUCCUCACGGUGUUAUACUCUUACUAUAACCGGCGAUGGACCAUCAUCACCAUCAUUAUCAAUUAAAUCACCAUGGUGCGGGGCACCAUUAUCAUGCACCACCAUACACCAGAGAUUAUUUCCUGUAUGAAUAUUCGUCCGGUUCCGAGUCCGACGGUACAAGCUCACUGAAUAGUGACUGCGAUUCCAGCAAUUGCGUUGAUUCGGGUCGCAAAAAGAGUUCACGGUGUCACAGGCAAAAGACGCAGCAGCGCCAAGCAGCAAACCUGCGCGAACGGCGACGCAUGCAGAGCAUCAACGAAGCAUUCGAAGGCCUUCGUGCACACAUACCCACAUUGCCAUACGAGAAGCGCUUGUCCAAAGUGGAUACACUGAAGUUAGCCAUCGGUUAUAUAAACUUCCUGUCCGAGUUGACUCGUGGCACGGGACCGACAGGAAAUGGCGUAACGUCUUUGAACGUGGCCAAACUUACAACAAUCGCCGGUCGCCUGCAUAGACCUCCGGCACAGGUCAAAGAACAACCCGUCAAGAAGUUUAUUGUCAGAGGCGCGUUUGGAACUCCAUAUUCUUUACAUUCGUUGUCUUGGUCAAGGGCAAAAGAAAAUUGUCCAAAUAGCGCAGGAGUCAUGCGAGCAAAGUUAUGGAGGCCUGAAGUAGGGUCACCGCGUAAUUCUGGAUCUACUUCAACCUCAACGAGUUCGACAUCAUCAAGUAAAACCUAAUCACUCAACAUAAAAGAUAAGAGAAUUAAUAUUAUAAUUUAUGGCUUAUAAGUUGUAAGUCAUAAAUUAUAGUCUGUAUAGAACAUAAGUUAUAUAUACCUAUAUUAUGUCUAUAUUCAGUUGUUCUUAUUCUUAUUUAAAACGUUUAUUAUAAUAUAAUAUUAACAAUAUUAUUUUUUUGUAUAGGAGGUAUCUACCUAUUUGUUUUAUUAUUGUUUAAUAUUGUUAGUGUAUAGUUAUUAUUUGAGUGUUUUUUUUUAACUGAUUAUUUUAACCAUCCAUCUUUAAAAUAUAAUAAUACAUCAUACCUAAUAGAGUAAUACAUAUUGUACAUUUGUACCUAUGAAUUAUAAUUUACUUUAGCAAUAUAAAUCAGCGAAUUUAAUAUAUUGAUUCGCAAUUAUUGUUAAC